CUGUGACCAUUACAUGCUUCAGUUAGCUUUCUUCUCCAGAAGUCUGGAAAUCGCGCCGCCGUGAAAAAAAAGAAAAUGCAGAACGGAUUAACGGUUGCAAAAGAGCAACCGAGAGUCACUCUCUACGUAAUCCUCACUACCGCCUUUCUCUCUCUUUGCUUCCUCCUCUCUCUCUCCUCCUCCUCCUCCUCUCACUCUUCCUACAUCGGACCCGAUAACAUACAACCCGACCCGAGACUCUUUCCUUCCUCCUCCAAAAUCGCCGCCGACACAGCGCCUCCCUCCAUCGCUUACCUCAUCUCUGGAUCUCCCGGUGAUUCGCGUCGGAUCCUUCGUCUUCUCUACGCUACUUACCACCCUAGAAACCGGUAUCUCCUCCAUCUCGAUAGCUUGUCGACGCAAUCGGAACGAGAUCGGCUCGCUGUGACGGUACAAGACGUACCGAUUUUCCGAGCUGCGCGGAAUGUUGACGUUGUUGGAAAACCCGAUUUCGCGUACCAGAGAGGAUCGUCUCCGAUGGCAUCCACGCUUCACGGUGCUUCGAUUCUUCUCAGAUUGUCUGGGGUUUGGGAUUGGUUUGUUAAUCUCAGCGUAGAUGAUUACCCUCUCGUUACUCAAGAUGAGCUUCUUCACAUUUUGUCGCAUUUGCCUAAGGAGCUGAACUUUGUGAACCACACCAGCUACAUUGGCUGGAAAGAGUCUAGGAGGUUGAAGCCAGUGAUUGUGGAUCCAGGGCUCUAUCUUGUGGAGAAAACAGAAAUGUUCUUUGCUUCACAGAAACGAGAGUUGCCUAAGGCUUUCAAGUUAUUCUCAGGUCCAUCUUUCUCCAUCUUAAGCCGCAAUUUCAUGGAGCACUGUGUCUUGGGUACUGACAACUUCCCUCGGACUCUACUCAUGUACUUGUCCAACACACCUGCUUCCCUCUCCAACUACUUCCCGACUAUCCUCUGCAACUCGAACCUCUUCAAAAAAACCAUCAUCAACAACAACUUACUCUACCUUGCUUCUAACGACACUUCUAAAGAAAGAUAUCACCGGCUCGAUUCCAAAGAGUUCACAGAAAUGGUUGAAUCCGGAGCAGCAUUUGCAAGAGGGUUCAGGUACGAUGACACAGUCCUUGAUCGCAUCGAUCAUGAACUUCUGGGACGCGAACCUGGCGAAGUUGUGCCUGGUGGUUGGUGUUUGGGAGAUUCAGGUAGCAACAGCAGCUCAUGUUCUGUCUGGGGCGACUCGGGUAUUCUAAGACCUGGUUCUGGUUCGGAUAGGCUUGAGAGACGAAUUGUGGAGUUAUUGUCAAAUGAUUGGUUCAAAUCGCACCAAUGCAUAUCCGAAUGAUCCUCACCGGAGUUCGAUAGUAUAUAGUUGGCCACGAAGAAGAUAACGGUAAUUUACGACAUUUUGUAUCUUUAGAGAGUUCCACUUUCUCAUGUAAUCUUAUGAGUUUUGAGAUUGUUUGAUUCGUUGUUGUAAAAGAAAACAUCUCAGGCUCUCUCAGCUUAUUUGUUGUUUGUCAUUUCAGACUCGGUUCAAUUGAUUUAUUUGGAUUAAGUCUUAACCGGUAUAAAAUCCCGGGUUUUUAUUAAA